CUCCAGGACCGAGUCUUGUGACCCCUGACAUAAAACAAAGAAGAAGACUCACUUGUCGUCAUCAACUGAACGAAUCAUCAAACUCUUUUGAACAAAUCCUUCUGUAAAGAUUCGAGUCACUUGGAUGGCUCAAAAGCCCAAACGUACUGUCCUCUCCACCACAUGACGGCGCCACCCUCCCCGUUCGCCUGCACUUUCAUCACGCCCAGUCAUUUCUUGGAUCGUUCCCUCUCCAGCCUAGCCACACUUGCUCCAUUCCGCUUUCUCCCUAGCCCUUGAAAUCCACGUCUACUCCACUCGAGGACCGUCGCGAGCCCUAGGUAUCGAGCGCGGGACACCAUGGCGGAUAGCGCGAGCGAGAGCGACACGGAUGGCGCGGGCAGCAGCAGCAGCUCCGCCACCCCGCAGUCCUCCUGCACCUCGGCGGCCGCCUCCAACACCACCACGACCACAACGAGCGCCGCCACCAAAGCCCAGGGCGUCGUGAUCUCGCAGUCGCGCCUGGAGGAGCUGACAAACCGGCUCGCGUCGCUGCAGCAGGAGAACAAAGUGCUGAAGAUCGAGCUGGAGACGUUCAAGCUGAAGUGCAAAGCGCUGCAGGAGGAGAACCGCGACCUGCGCAAAGCUAGCGUCACUAUCCAAGCGCGUGCAGAACAAGAAGAGGAGUUCAUCUCCAACACUUUAUUUAAGAAGAUUCAGGCUCUGCAAAAGGAGAAAGAGACACUCGCCGUCAACUAUGAGAAAGAAGAGGAGUUCCUUACCAAUGACUUGUCCAGGAAGCUCAUGCAGCUUCAGCAUGAAAAGGCAGAGUUGGAGCAGCAUUUGGAGCAAGAGCAGGAAUUCCAGGUCAAUAAACUGAUGAAGAAGAUCAAAAAGCUGGAGAACGACACCAUCUCCAAACAGCUCACUCUAGAGCAGCUCCGACGUGAGAAGAUUGAUCUGGAAAACACUCUGGAACAAGAGCAGGAGGCACUAGUCAACCGGCUUUGGAAGCGCAUGGACAAACUCGAGGCAGAGAAAAGGAUUCUGCAGGAGAAGCUUGACCAGCCAGUGUCAGCCCCGCCCUCUCCACGUGAAGUUUCCAUGGAGAUUGACUCUCCGGAGAACAUGAUGCGACACAUCCGCUUCCUCAAGAGUGAAGUGGAGAGGCUCAAACGCAGCCUUCGCACUACAGAGCUUCAGCACACAGAGAAGCGGGCUCAAUAUAUUGAGGAGGAAAGGCAGAUGAGGGAAGAGAACAUUCGUCUUCAGAGGAAACUCCAGAGAGAAAUGGAGAGAAGGGAGGCACUGUGUAGACAGCUGUCAGAGAGUGAGAGCAGCCUUGAGAUGGACGAUGAGAGAUAUUUUAAUGAGAUGUCUGCUCAGGGACUGAGAGCUCGUACGGUGUCCAGCCCAAUCCCCUACACCCCCUCUCCCUCAUCCAGCCGCCCCAUCUCCCCUGGUUUGUCGUACGCUAGUCACAGUUUACAUGCAGGAAGCAGUGUCACGCUGAGCCGAGCACCACUCCCCCACUACACGUCUCCCGGGCUACACAUCCACCCAGGACCCUCACACGCUGUACAGAGGCCAUCCCCAAGGAGAAGCAACAGCCCAGAUAAGUUUAAGCGUCCGACGCCGCCUCCCUCCCCAAACACACACUCUGGAGCACAGCACCCUCCUCCACCACCACCACCCGCACAGCCGAUGGUGCAGUCUGGCUCCUCCCACUCUGUGACAUCACAGAAUCCCCCCUCUCAGCCUUAAUGCAUGCACCAUGCGCUACCUUAAGCUAGGCUGCUCCAAGCUAGGCUACACUACUACUACUACUACUACAAUGACAACAACUCCGUGAUCCUCCACUGGGCAAAGGUUGGAAGGGAUUGGAGCGGAUAUGGAAUUAGAGGACUGUUGAACUGGGGAGCGAAAGGACUGGGAAUGUGAGAAGGGAGAAGGUGUAGAUGCUUGGCCUACUGACAGAUCCAUAACCAGCCCCAUGCCGUUAAAUUUCGUUAUUCUUACUGUUUUUUUUUUCUGUAAAGUGAUCAAGCUGGUUCAGGAAAAGAUUAGGAAAGUAUAGGAAGAUUGUUCGAGAGGGUUGUCAGCUGCGUAUGCCUGCGCUUUUUUUUUU